AUGACCAUCCCAUUUGAGCUCAAACCGGGGGUCGUUCAUCUCCUACCUACUUUCAAAAAGCAACCCGGUGAAGACCCACACAAACAUAUGAAGGAGUUUCAUCUAAUAUGUGAUGGAAUGUGCCCACAUGAGGUAACCCAAGAACAACUUAAUCUUAGGAAAUUUUCCUUCUCUUUGAAGGAUAUGGCUAAAGAUUUCUUGUACUACUUUCCGGCAAGAUCCAUCAUUGCUUGGAACGGUUUGAAGAAGAAAUUUUUAGAAAAAUUCUUUCUGACAUCUAAAGCUCAUAACAUAAGAAAAGAAAUAUAUGGAAUUAAGCAAAAUGUUGGAGAAUCUUUGUAUGAAUACUGGGAAAGAUACAAACAAUUAUGUGCUUCUUUUCCAUAUUACCAAAUAUCUGAACAGUAUCUAAUCCAAUGUUUUUACUCAGGUUUACUUCCAUUGGAGAAGAGCAACAUUGAUGCGGCCACCAGUGGAGCUUUAGCGGACAAAAUGCCGAUUGAAGCAAGCCAACUCAUAUCAACCAUGACAGAGAACUCUCAGAAUUUUGGCACAAGGAGUUUUUAUAACAUUAUUUCUCAAUCUAGUAAAGUAAGUGAGCUAAGGAUGCAAAUAUAUAAUCUAAUUUCCCUUUUUACUCAAGUUGCCCAAGGAGGCCUUCCUCAAGUCAAAGCAUGUGGAGCAUGUGGAUUAGCCGAACAUACAUCUAGGGCUUGUCCACAAGCCCAAGUCAAUGCCAUUGGAGGAUUUCAGAGAAAGUAUGACCCCCAUGGGCAAACUUAUAACCAAGGGUGGCAAGAUCAUCCCAAUUUCAAAUGGGGAUCUCAAAGGCAAUACGAGAACCGGAACCAAUCUUCUUCAAGCUCCUCAAGUAUGUCUCUAGAAGACGUAGUGAAAUCCUUUGCUGAUCACUCCUUAAAAUUUCAACAGGAACUCCAUAAUUUGCAAAAGGACAAUAUCCAACUUCAACAAGAAACAAAGCAACUUCAAUGA